UCUUACUUUCCAAUUGUCCAUCACGGGCUGCAACAAAACAACAUGUGCUCAUUAUAAAAUUAUAACAGCCUUCCUUAGAAUUACAUAACAAAAUCUUUUUUUUUUCUUCCUCUGUUUCACAAUGAACAGAGCACGUAAGUUCUCUGUUUUGGUUUAUAUAACCCUUUUUUGUUUAUGUUGGAGGAGAGUUUCAGCGCAGUCGUCGCCGGUUUUCGCUUGCGAUGUUGCGAGCAAUCCUUCUUUGGGGAGCUUGGGGUUCUGUAAUUCUUCGUUGGGGUUAGAUUUGAGAGUUGCAGACUUGGUGAAGAGAUUGACAUUGCAAGAGAAAAUUGGGUUUUUGGUUAAUAGUGCUGGGAGUGUUAGUAGAAUUGGAAUACCGAAAUAUGAAUGGUGGUCUGAGGCUUUACAUGGAGUGUCUUACGUUGGUCCAGGGACUCAUUUUUCUAGUCUCAUUCCUGGAGCUACGAGUUUUCCUCAGGUUAUUCUUACUGCAGCUUCCUUCAACACAUCUCUUUUUGAAGCCAUUGGAAGGGUGGUCUCAACUGAAGCAAGAGCAAUGUACAAUGUGGGAUUAGCUGGAUUAACAUUUUGGUCACCAAAUAUUAACAUAUUUCGAGACCCCAGAUGGGGAAGAGGCCAAGAAACUCCAGGAGAAGAUCCUUUACUCGCAAGUAAAUAUGCAACAGGUUACGUUAAAGGUCUACAAAAGAGUGAUGAUAGUGACCCAAAUAGGCUUAAGGUUGCCGCAUGCUGCAAACAUUAUACAGCCUAUGAUUUAGAUAAUUGGAAAGGGAUUGAUCGCUACCACUUUAAUGCUGUGGUAACAAAGCAGGAUAUGGAUGAUACGUUUCAACCACCAUUUAAGAGUUGUGUUAUUGAUGGGAAUGUGGCGAGCGUUAUGUGUUCUUAUAAUCAAGUUAAUGGUAAGCCAACAUGUGCUGACCCAGAUCUGCUGGCAGGUGUCAUCCGAGGACAAUGGAAUUUAAAUGGAUACAUAGUUUCUGACUGUGAUUCAGUUGAUGUAUUCUACAAUUCCCAGCAUUACACCAAGACCCCCGAAGAAGCUGCUGCUAAAGCUAUUUUAGCAGGGUUGGAUCUCAACUGCGGAUCUUUCCUAGGACAACACACAGAAGCGGCUGUCAGAGCAGGACUUGUUAAUGAAUCGGCCAUUGACAAAGCCUUGUACAACAAUUUCGCUACUUUGAUGCGACUUGGGUUCUUCGAUGGCGACCCAAGAAAGCAACUUUAUGGGAAGCUUGGUCCCAAAGAUGUGUGUACACCAGAAAACCAGGAGCUGGCUCGGGAAGCUGCAAGGCAAGGAAUAGUACUGCUCAAGAACACUGCAGAAUCACUUCCUCUAUCUGCCACAGCCAUCAAAAACCUGGCAGUAAUUGGACCCAAUGCCAAUGUCACAAAGACCAUGAUUGGAAACUACGAAGGCACUCCCUGCAAAUACACAACGCCUCUGCAGGGUCUCGCUGCUCUGGUUUCGACAACUUAUCAGCCGGGUUGUUCCAAUGUGCAAUGCAGCACUGCACAGGUAGAUGAAGCUACGAAAAUCGCUGCCUCGGCAGAUGCAACCGUGCUUGUAAUGGGCGCCGAUCAAUCGAUUGAGGCGGAGAGUCGCGACCGGACUGACCUUCUUCUUCCAGGACAGCAGCAACUAUUGAUAACACAAGUUGCAAAGGCAGCCAAGGGAGCUGUGAUUCUCAUAAUAAUGUCCGGAGGGGGAUUUGAUAUUUCUUUUGCCAAAAAUGAUGAUAAAAUUACAAGCAUUCUAUGGGUUGGUUACCCUGGAGAAGCUGGAGGAGCUGCCAUAGCUGAUGUUUGUUUUGGACUAUAUAAUCCAAGUGGACGAUUACCGAUGACUUGGUAUCCACAAUCUUAUGUGGAAAAGGUUCCAAUGAGUAACAUGAACAUGAGAGCAGAUGCUUCAAAUGGGUAUCCAGGGAGGACUUACAGAUUUUACACAGGGGAAAAAGUUUAUUCAUUUGGAGAUGGAUUAAGUUAUUCAAACUUCAAUCACCAAUUGGUUAAAGCACCAAAGCAAUUAUAUGUGGCAUUAGAGGAAAGUCACAUUUGUUACUCAUCCAAAUGCAAAUCAGUUGAUGCUGUUGAACAAAGUUGUCAAAACUUGAAUAUUAAAAUACAUCUCAGAAUUAAAAACAAUGCAAGUAUAAGCGGAAGCCAUACAGUAUUUGUGUUCUCUACUUCUCCAAAUGUUCACAACUCAGCGCAGAAGCACUUAUUGGCUUUUGAGAAAGUGGUUUUAAAAGGGCAAGAAGAAGCAGUAGUGAAGUUCAAGAUUGAUGGGUGCAAGGAUUUGAGUGUUGUUGAUGAGAAUGGAAACAGAAAGAUUGCAUUGGGAGACCAUGUGCUUCAUGUAGGAAGCUUGAAGCACUUAUUGAAUGUGAGGAUUUGAAUCAACUCCUUUAUGAUUAUUAUUUUUCUUUCUCACAAUGGGAAAUUAAGCUUCAAAUUAUCGUUGAAAGCAAGUUAUGCCAAAUCAAAAAAUUUGAACUUUCCAAGUGGAUUAAUGCUGGCCUUCUUAUUUUCAAGUAAUUUACUUUUUCUUUCGUAGAAAAAUAAUGCGUAAUGUUAUUGACGAAAUAUGGAAUGCACAAAUUCCUUGAUUCAUGUUGGUUGUGAUCAAGGAGCAAUUCUCUCAUUCAAUCAAUCCAUAAUUUGUGUGAUUGAUUGAAUAAUUACAUUUAA